CGACGACCGCGAGACGCGGGUUGAGGCGCGGGGAGGGAGCGGCGCGGGAGCCGCUCGCCCCAUUCAGCUACGACAAACGUUCGCGCACACAACGUCAUAAUUGUACUUACUUAAAGUAAAUUACCUAAAGUAAACCAGUAAUCAUCAUAAACCUCGCAUUAUUUUAUUUUCUUGCCUUAAUAUCUUUAACAAGAAAUUGGCGACCAGACGAAGACUUAAAUCUGCAAAAAAUCGGAUAUUUACUGAUACAAAAUCCAGUUCGGACGAGUGAGUGCGUGGCACACAUUGCAGCGCGCAUCGGACUUUGCGCCGAGAACAAAGGAAAGGACUACCUUUGGAAUUCUAAACGGUGAAAGUGCAGUGCUUCGACGAGUCAGCGGCUCCCAGGGAAGUACUAGUGCCCAUCCUUUUUUCUAUCCUUCCUUUAUCCAUCGAUUUGCGUACUUGCGGGUUUUGAUUUGCAAAUUGCAUUAGAUUAGCUUUAAAUAAGUGCUAUUUACAUAAAUAAAAUUUGCAUAAAUAACAAUUGUUCGCACAAAUUAGCUACUUUCAUAAUCAUAAUAAAGUGCUAUUCCUGGUGAUAUUGCGUUUGAUAGCUAUGAGCACGUUAUUAGCCUAAAAUUGCACAUAAAACAUAAAAUACCGACUGUUUACGUUCUAAAAUCACUGGCUUCUUACAAUAAAUUAAUAAUUUCACUUAUUUAACUACAACUCAAGCGAGAUAUUUGGCAUAUUCUGCUUAAUCUAAUAGGAUUUACGUACGUGUUACAUAAUUACUUACAUUUCCAGUGUUUACUGCCGUUUAUUUCAUCUAAUUUCUCAUAAAUCAUAAAUAAAUUAAUCGUAAAAUCUCUUCAUUUAAAAUAAUAUUUCUUCGCGUAACCUAAAAGUUGCUGUUGCUUAACAUAUUGGCCGACUAUUCCAGGGAGUACCUACGGCGCAUCGUCGCCGGCUGGCAGGUCACCGCGUGACCUUGUUGACCUUCAUAACUCACGCCGCGCGCCAUCGCCGCUUCUCCGCUGGGAACUCAUACGCUGUUGCUGCGCUGGAACUUCGACUUUGUAACUGGUUUGAUGCACAUUUUUGUUUUGCUUGGUUGAUUAUUGGCCCUUAAAUUGGUUAACUUACGAUCAUAAUGAGUGAGGAUACAAAGGAGUUUAAGGACCUUGUUAAACAAAGAGGGUCUAUUAGGGGUCGCUUAACCAUUUUUUCUAAUCACCUAGCAACAUUAAAACAAAUCUCAAUAGAACAAAUUACUGAUUCACAAAUAAAAGAAUUGACCCUACGUCUUGAAAGAGUGGAGGAAUUGUUUAGUGAUUUUGAAAAAUGCCAAAUUCGACUAGAAUUAAUGUGUACAACUCUUGAUGAGCAACUUACGGAAAGGGAUCAAACUGAAAGGUUAUUUUAUUCUUCUAUAGGUAAUGCUCGGUCUUUAAUUGAUUCUUUUGCUGUUAAAAACAAGAAUGCUCACGUAGAUGAGGGCAAGUGUAGUUCUGUUGGAAAUGAUAACUUAAACGUUAAAUUACCUAUUAUUAAACUACCCACAUUUGACGGCAAUUAUUUUUUGUGGUUGGAAUUUCAUGACACCUUCGAGUCACUGAUACAUAAUAAUGAGUCAGUGCCAGAUAUAAACAAAUUCCAUUACCUAAGAUCCUCAUUAUCAGGGAGCGCUGCUUUAGUCAUUAGGUCUAUUGAAUUUACUGCAAGGAACUACCAGGUAGCAUGGGAUUUGUUAUGUCAACGAUACAAUAAUAAAAAAAUCUUAAUCAACAACCACUUAAAAGCGUUGUUCAAAAUUGAACCUAUUACUAGGGAGUCCAUCGAUCGAUACGCUACCUAAUCGAUACAGUAACUAAAAACCUACGCGCAUUAACCACUCUGGGGCAGCCAGUCGAUCAAUGGGAUACUCUUAUUAUAUACAUGAUUUCUUCAAAGUUGGAUUCGGUUACUAAUGGCAAAUGGGAAGAACAUAAAAAUACUUUAUCCGAUUUGCCGCUUUUAAGCGAAUUUAUCGAUUUUUUACGAAAUAGAGCGGAUAUAUUGGAGACUAUGCAGGCAAACAGAAGUGACAAACCUGAAUAUAAGGUUGGAAUUCAUAAUAAUAAAGACAAUAAGGGUGAUCAUAAAACUUCAUCAUUUCCUCAUAACAAUCAUCAAAAUAAAUUUACAAAAAGUUUUGUCACUUCUGCUAAAUCAAAACCUGAACGGUUAUUGUCAUGUCCUUUUUGCAGUCAGCCACAUAGAAUUAUUGAUUGUGAAUCUUUCCGUGGUUUGUCUCCUGAAGCUAGGUUGAGUGAGGUCUUAAAGUUAAACCUUUGCACAAACUGCUUGAGGAGGGGUCAUCACGCUUCAGUUUGUUUACUCGGCUCAUGCAGAUUGUGCGAUGAAAAACAUAAUACAAUGUUACAUAAAAAUAAAAAUGAUAAAAUUCCUGAUAAUACAUCACCUUCCGUGUCAAUGUCAGUGCGUUCUUCCGGACAGGUUCUGCUUGGCACCGCGUUAGUGAAGAUCAUUAAUCCUAAAAAUAAUAAUACUUACCAUGCUCGUGCGUUGCUUGACGCGGGCAGUCAAUCCUCCUUUAUGACAGAAAACCUAAGCCAUAAACUUGGCAUUGCUAAUCGUAAUUCCGAACCCAUCAUGAUAUCGGGCAUAAACAACGUGCAAGUCCCUAUCUCAGUCACUGGUGACGUUAGAAUCUGUUCUAUAAAUGAAUCAUUUAACACUAAUCUAAAAUGCUUGGUUGUACCUGAAAUCACUGGUCAGUUGCCUAAUCACUACUUUGAUGUUUCUAAACUAAACAUACCUAAACAUUAUAACAUGGCUGAUCCCAACUUCAGUCGCCCUUCUGACAUUGAUAUUUUGCUGGGGGCAGAUAUAUUUUAUGAUGUCUUAAAUGCACAAAAAGUGCCUCUUGGUCCUAAUCUGCCUAUUCUUCAGGGCACUAAGCUUGGCUGGAUUGUAGUUGGUCCCUUAGGAACUCGUGAUAAACCAUCUGCCUCGUACUGUCAUUUUACAAAGGAAAUCAGUGAGAAUUUAACAAGGUUUUGGAAACUUGAAGAAAUUUCUUCAACGUCAUCUAAGAUGUCCACUGAAGAGGAAUAUUGUGAAGAUCACUUUCUUAAAAAUACUUACCGGGAUAAUAAUGGUAGAUUUUCAGUCUUAAUGCCACUUAAGGAACCUGAAACUUCUCUGGGUGAUUCUUACAGAAUGGCAGAGAAGCGAUUUUAUAAUCUUGAGAAAAAAUUAGACAAGAACCUUGAUCUUAAAAAUCAGUAUCAUAAUUUCAUUAAAGAGUAUGAGUCCCUUGGACAUUUAUCUAAGACAAAAAAACCUAAUUUUGGAUAUUAUAUGCCACACCACGCAGUCAUCCGCGAAGGUAGUGAAACAACUAAGCUUAGAACAGUCUUUGACGCGUCUGCUAAAACUACAUCAUUAAAAUCCCUAAAUGACAUUCAAUACACUGGUCCAGUCGUUCAGGAUGAGCUGUUUGAUAUCCUACUUAGAUUCCGGCAACAUAGGUACGUACUAACUGGCGAUAUUCAAAAAAUGUACCGUCAAAUCCUGAUAGAUGAGUCACAACGUCACUUGCAAUUGAUUUUAUGGAGAUACAAUAAGUAUGAACCUCUUCAAGUUUAUAAGCUUAAUACUGUGACUUAUGGUACAGCCUCAGCACCUUACCUGAGUACACGCUGUCUGCUACAGUUGGCCCUGGAAUGUCCCGACAAGUCGAUUGCAAAUGUGAUUAGGCAUGACUUUUAUAUGGACGAUAUGCUAACUGGAGCAGACAGUGAUGUUGAGUUAGCUCAUGUUUUGAAUCAAGUAACAUCUGUACUUAAUUCUGCGUGCCUACCAUUGCAUAAAUACCGCACAAAUUGCCCUCACAUUUUUAAUGAUGAAACCAUGACGGAAUCUCUUAACUUAAAUAAACAAUCAAGCGUAUUAGGCUUGGGAUGGACGCCUGACACUGACACGUUGAACUUUUCUAUAAAUAUAAAUAAAAACACAGACAAAAUCACUAAAAGAGUUAUUUUGUCUAAUACGUGCAAAAUUUUCGACCCAUUAGGCUUACUUAGCCCAUGUACAGUCACCUUAAAAAUAUUACUUCAAAAAUUAUGGCAAUUAAAACUAGGAUGGGACGAAGUCGUUCCCAAUGAUAUAAACAAAAUUUGGAAUAAAAUGAUCACUGACCUUGAGCUAUUACUUUCAGUAUCGGUUCCCCGACACGCGCUCUGCGUGGCACCUACUGUCUGCGAGCUACAUUGCUUCGUAGACGCAUCAAAGGACGCCUACGCAGCGUGUGCGUACUUACGCACAGUGAAUCAAACUAAUCAAAUGUCUCCUUUUCUCGACAGUGAAGGCGUGCUGAGAGUAGGUGGUCGGCUCAAUAACACGAACUUUAACUUUAAUAAAAAACAUCCAGCCUUAUUGGAUGGAAAACAUUAUUUCACAAGAUUGCUGAUGAGAGCCGAACAUCUGCGCUUGCUGCAUGCAGGCCCUCAACUGCUCCUAGCAACGUUUAGGGAUCAGUUUUGGCCUCUCGGGGGGAGGACGCUUGCACGUAAAGUAACUAGAGAAUGCGUAAUUUGUACUCGAUUUAGAGGCCAAACUAUGGAGCCGUUGAUGGGACACCUGCCUGAGGACAGGGUGACUCAAAAUUAUCCAUUUCAAGUUUCUGGUAUGGAUUUCGCCGGACCACUCCUAAUAUCCAGUAAAAAAGGCCGCGGUAAUCGUAUAUCAAAAUGUUAUUUAUGCCUGUUCAUUUGUUUUUGUACAAAGGCGAUCCAUUUAGAAAUAGUAAGCGACUUAAGUACAAACGCUUUCAUUUCUUGUCUUCGAAGGUUUAUUUCUAGAAGGGGAAAACCUGAUAAAUUAUAUUGUGACAAUGCCACAAAUUUUGUUGGGGCCAAUAAUGAAUUGGGCAGGGCGUUACUAUCAAGCCUGAAGUCAGUGUAUGAGUUCGCAGCGGAGGAGGGCAUUAAGUUUAAUUUUAAUCCCCCGUACUCUCCCACAUUCGGUGGUUUAUGGGAGGCCGGCAUAAAGAGCGCAAAAUAUCACAUGAAACGCAUAGUAGGAAAUGCUAGUCUAACCUACGAGGAGCUGAGCACGCUUUGUACGCAAAUCGAAGCUGUCCUCAACUCCCGACCCUUAACUCCCAUGUCACCCGACUCACACGACCUUUCUCCCUUGACCCCAGGGCAUUUUCUCGUCGGACGGCCGCUAACAUCACUGCCGUCACCUCCAAUGGCUACUACGAAGAAGCUGACAUCCAGAUACCAGCUAAUCGAAGCUUUACGAGAGCACUUUUGGAUAAGAUGGCAUAAUGAAUAUCUAUCCGAACUACAAAAGAGAACCAAAUGGCGAUCUCCUUACACAAGCCUUAAAGAAGGAUCGAUGGUGGUUUUUAAGGAAAAUAAUGUACCGCCUAUGAAGUGGAGACUGGGAAGACUUCACAGACAUUACCCAGGCAAGGACGGGGUCGCGCGCGUUGCUGAUUUCGUGACGUACAGAGGAAUCGAGCGACGAGCUCUGAAUAAAGUAUGCCCCCUGAUGUUAGAAGAGGAUAUGUUGGAGAAAGCCUCGACUUCAACCAUUCCCGUGGUUUCUUCGGCUUCCCCCAAGGCCCCCCAGGAUGUCUACGACGACCGCGAGACGCGGGUUGAGGCGCGGGGAGGGAGCGGCGCGGGAGCCGCUCGCCCCAUUCAGCUACGACAAACGUUCGCGCACACAACGUCAUAAUUGUACUUACUUAAAGUAAAUUACCUAAAGUAAACCAGUAAUCAUCAUAAA